CAAGAUGUCGGAAAAGAAGCCUUUCCGCCCGCCUAUGGACCACGAGGAGUUCCGCAGGAUCGGGAAAGAGACCGUGGACUACAUCGCGGACUACCUGGAGACCGUGCAGACCCGGCCCGUCUACCCGGGAGUCCAGCCGGGGUACCUCCGCCGGCUCAUCCCGGGCGAGGCGCCGCAGGACCCCGAGGCUUGGGAGGACGUGUUCGCCGAUGUGGAGAGGGUCAUCAUGCCAGGGGUGACCCACUGGCACAGCCCGGAUUUCCACGCGUACUUCGCCCCAGGCAACUCCUACCCGUCACAGCUAGGCGAUAUGCUGUGUAACGCGCUGGGAUGUGUGGGCUUCUCAUGGGCUGCCAGCCCGGCCUGUACCGAGUUGGAGUCGGUUGUUCUGGACUGGCUGGGGAAGAUGCUGCACCUGCCAGAGCAUCUGCUAGCCGGGACAGCUGGGGCAGGUGGAGGUGUCAUACAGGGCACGGCAAGUGAAGCCAUCCUAGUGGCCAUGCUGUCCGCCCGAACCAAAGUCAUCCGGCGGGAACAACAGGCGAGCCCAGAGUCGUGUGAUCAUGAUGUCAUGAAGAAGCUGGUGGCCUACACCUCAGAUCAGGCCCACUCUUGUGUAGAUAAAGCUGCCAUGAUCGCUGCUGUGAAACUGAGGAAGCUGCCGACUGACUCAGACUUUUCCCUGAGGGGGUCGACUCUGUCUGCCGCUAUCGAAGAAGACAAGGCCAACGGACUCAUCCCUUUCUUUUGCUGUGCAACUCUUGGAACCACCCCGUCAUGUGCCUUCGAUAAGCUGUUAGAGAUCGGCCCUGUCUGUAGUAAAGAGGGCAUGUGGCUCCAUAUUGACGCCGCGUACGCUGGAAGUGCCUUCAUCUGUCCGGAGUACAGGCCGCUGUUAGAUGGGGUGGAGUUUGCAGAUUCUUUUAACCUGAACCCGCACAAGUGGCUGAGAGUCAACUUUGACUGUUCCACCAUGUGGGUGAGAAACCGUGCUGAUGUUGUAGACGCGUUCAAUGUGGACCCUCUGUACCUCCGGCAUGAUAACCAAGGGCUGGUGACAGACUACAGGCACUGGCAGAUACCGCUCGGUCGGCGGUUUCGUUCUCUGAAGUUGUGGUUUGUUCUGCGCAUGUUUGGAGUGAAGGGUUUACAACAAUACAUCAGGAAGCAUGUCAGUCUGGCGAAGGAGUUUGAAUCGCUUGUUCUGAGUGACGAUCGGUUUGAAGUCAGUGCAAAGGUGGUGAUGGGGCUGGUGUGCUUCCGACUGAAGGGUUCUAACAGCCUCAGUGAAAGGCUACUACAGAAAAUCAAUGAGACCAGAAAGAUCUUCAUGGUUCCUGCCAAGCUUCGUGACACCUACGUCAUCAGAUUUGCGAUCUGUGCAGCGACCACUGAGUCAUCAGAUAUUGUGCACGCGUGGAACGUCAUCAGAGAACAGGCGGAUGGAGUACUUACUGGGAUUCAAAAUGGCGUCUGAGUUUUUAUGUCAGUAUUUUAUGUUAGUAAGUUUUCAACCUUCACAUAUUGUCAGACUAAGCGUGAAAUAACACAUGUUGUAGUAUUUCAAAAUCACACAUGAGGCCAAUUUCAAUUCUAUUAAAGCCUUCAAAGUUAAACUAGAACACCACAAAACACACCUCAAACACUAGAAAUACUGCAUAUUAUUAAGCAAACGCAGCAUAUUUCACUCGAACUCCUACCCAUGCAAAAAUGGACUCCCCCAUAUCAACCUUUUGCACUAAGUUAUUUACAUCCACAAAUGGCACCGGUACCCCCCAACAUUCCCCCACUCCACCAUGAAAGUCAAACAUAGCACUGCAAAUACAUAUGUCAAGUCUCUCUAUAAGAAUCUUGGUUUACAUGGUAAUGAUGCAUUUCAUAAUCAUUUGAAAAAAUGCUGCCCACCAAACCAGUGCAUCAUUAUAAUUAAUAUUACACUUAUCAAUACGAUAAUGAAUAAUUAGCAUGCCAGGUAUCUGUUACAUUACACCCUUUUCUCACUAGAACCAAGCAUUUCUGAUAAGCAAAUAACUUGACAAAUAACUAGGUAUCACAAAGUGGGCCGUUGUGCUAAAAAAAUACGAUAAACAUUAUUUGAAGGAAUUGUUCAAUAGGCGAAAUACAUAUCGAUGUCAAUAUGAAGACCAAAAAGAAAACAUAUAUAUCUAACAGAUUCUUAAAAUCUUUUUUUCUUUCUUCCUCCUUUCCUUCGCAGGUUCAGCUGCCUGUCUCUUCGCUUCCUCCUCUGCUGCCCGUUUCUCGACCGCAGCGCCUCUGUGC